CCGGGGGAGCGCGAGCGCGCGCCCGCCCGCCGGGGCCUGGGCGCUGCGGCGCGUGCGCGAGCGGUGCAGCACCGGCCGCGGGAGCGGGGAGUAUUAUGGGCUGUGGGUGCCGCUGAGCAAGAUGGAGCUGUCUGCAGUGGGCGAGCGGGUCUUCGCGGCCGAAUCCAUCAUCAAGCGGCGGAUCCGAAAGGGACGCAUCGAGUACCUGGUGAAAUGGAAGGGGUGGGCGAUCAAGUACAGCACCUGGGAGCCCGAAGAGAACAUCCUGGACUCGCGGCUCAUCGCGGCCUUCGAGCAGAAGGAGCGCGAGCGGGAGCUGUACGGGCCCAAGAAGAGGGGACCCAAGCCCAAAACUUUCCUGCUCAAGGCCCGGGCCCAGGCCGAGGCCCUCCGCAUCAGUGACGUGCACUUCUCCGUCAAGCCAAGCGCCAGCGCGUCCACGCCCAAGCUGCACUCGAGCGCCGCCGUGCACCGACUCAAGAAGGACAUCCGCCGCUGCCACCGCAUGUCCCGCCGCCCCCUGCCGCGGCCGGACCCGCAGGGGGGCAGCCCCGGCCUGCGCCCGCCCAUCUCGCCCUUCUCCGAGACCGUGCGCAUCCUCAACCGCAAGGUAAAGCCCCGGGAGCCCAAGCGCAGCCGCGUCAUCCUGAACCUGAAAGUGAUUGACAAGGGCGCGGGCGGCGCGGGCGCGGGCCAGGGCGCGGGGGCGCUCGCCCGCCCCAAGGUGCCGUCCAGGAACCGCGUCAUCGGGAAGAGCAAGAAGUUCAGCGAGAGCGUCCUGCGCACGCAGAUCCGCCACAUGAAGCUGGGCGCCUUGGCGCUCUACAAGCCCCCGGCCGCCCCGCUGGCGCCCCCGCCCGCCGCCGCCAGUGCCCCGGGCCCCGGGCUGCUCCUGGCCGCCCCCGCCGCCCCCUACGACGCCCGCAGCUCCACGCCUCAGUCCUCCUCCGACCCCGACGACGCGCCCCCCAAGCUGCUCCCCGAGACCCUCCCUGCGCCCGACUGGCGCCAGCCCGAGGUGCUCGACCUGUCCCUUCCUCCCGAGGCAGCGGCUGCCAGUAAGCGCGUGCCCCCUGAUGCCACGGCAGCUGCCGGCCAGGCACUGCCCACAGCCUCCGAGCCGGAGGCCGGGGACUGGCGCCCCGAGAUGUCCCCCUGCUCCAAUGUCGUCGUCACCGAUGUCACCAGCAACCUCCUGACGGUCACCAUCAAGGAAUUCUGCAACCCCGAGGAUUUUGAGAAGGUGGCCGCGGGGGUGGGGGCCGCGGCCGCGGGGGGCGGCGGGGGCGGCAGCGGGGGGAGCAAGUGAGGGGGCUCCCCGGGAGGGGGGCUGUGGGGGGGGCCCUCCUGCCUGAAGUCACUCUGGCUCCCACUGUCCCCGCCCUCAGACCUCGCUACCUGUGCUUUGCUUGUCUCCAGUGGCUCCGUGUUGACCCGGGGGUGAUGGGGCUGGGAACUGGAGCCCCCCGAAGGCCAGGGGGUGGGCGCCGAAGGCCAGGGGGCAGGGCAUGGGCACCCAGAAGCGCUCCCUCUUGGCACCGUCCCUGCCCACGCACAGCGGGGCCUGCUGGGCGGUCUCUGGGAAGCUGCAGGCCUGCGGGGCUCACCUGUCCCUUCCACACCCCGCCCCGUGCCUCCCCGGCUCGCUCCCCGCCUCCGUGUACAGCAUCUGAUCUCGGUGCUAAGCCGGCAGCUGUGGGGCCCUUAGGAGACCCCCACCCCGGGUGGCCACGCUCCCUUCCCCUCCUGCCCAUCUGGCAAAGCCACUAGAGGGGGGACGGGGGGGAGGCGGUCUAGACCCCUCCCUCCGCAUCAACGGGGGCCUCUGAAGCUGGACCAGGGAGGGGGUCCAAGCUGCUGGCUUCUGGGUGAGGCCCGAGUAGAAUCCUCAGCCCCCUCCCCAGGGCCGCCAGGGCACCCCAGCAUCGAAGGCCCCGCAGUUCUUGACCAAAGGUGCCACGAGAACCUGCUGCGGCAGUGUGUGCCCCGGUGUGUUGUCCCGCGUGCUCGUGCAGGGGCCACGCGUACAUGGGUGCUCGGCCCCUCCCUCGCCUCGGUAGGGCCUGGGGCCCUGGCUCCAGUCUGGCCAUUGUGGGGCUGGCCCAGAGGUGCCCCCUGCCCCGCUCCUGGGGGUGGUCCGCCCGACCUGCUGGGCCUCUGCUGCUCUGGGGGCUGAGCUGGACAGGGGAGACCCCCAUCCCAAGGCUCCCGUUCCUCCCGGGUGUUUGGGGAGGACAGAAAGGGCCUGGAAGCCGUCCCCGAGGGUCUCCCGGCAUCUCCCACCUGCUCCGUGUGCUUCUGACCGCUGAGGCUCUCAGCCCAGCCGGCUCGGCGCAGCGGGAGGCCUCGGCUGCCCUCGGCAGCUUCUGCUGCCUUCUGCUGCCGGGGAGCCGAGCCACGCAUGCCAGCGCAGAGACCAAAGCCCCAGCUGCAGGGCGGGCGUCAGGAGGGGACUCGGUCUCCCGCUGGCCCCCUGGGCCACUGCCCAGGCCUCAGCUGGGCGUGGCCGGAGCCAGCAGCCCUUGGUACCUCUGCCCGGAGGGCAAAGGCAGGAGUGGGAGCCCAGCAGGUCGCAAGCACCUGUGGUCCCAGGAGGGGCGGACACUCUGUCCUGAAGCUUCCUUGGGGGGCUGCCCGCUGCCCCUGGCCCCAGGCUGUAGACCCUGUGCGGGGGCCCCUGGCAGGCAGGAGGGCCCCCUCCCCGUCCCGCCCUUUGUGUUGGCUCUGGCCGCCCAAGUGCCAAUCGGCUUUUCCCCCAAAUAAGGGCUGGAAUUUCGCCUUGUCCCUGGAGGUGAUUCCCCCACCCUCCCCAGCGCGUGACCGCCUGGGUGCCAGCUACAGGUGUUCCAGAGACCAUAGCAAUGUGUUUUCCCGAGAGUCCGUGUCAUUCGUGACUUUUUUUGUAAAGAGUUGUGUUUUCAGAGGUGAUUUUAUGACAGGAAAGUGAAAGAAUUAGUUUUGCAAAAAAAAAAAAGCAAAAAAAGAGGAAAAAAAAGAAAUAGACAAAAAUAUUGUGGUAUUCCUAGUGGGGCGGGGGGGAGGGGAGAAAGAUAUUUAAAGAAAAACUAGUAACGCAGCGAUUGCACAGGUGAGGGGCAGGUGGGGAGCGGGGUGGGGGCCUGGGCCCGCCUGGGGGCUCUCAGUGUCGCAGGCCCCGCGGGCACACCUCGGGUAGGCCUGCCCGGCUGGCCCGGCCCCGACUGCCACCCCGAGCCUUGCUCAAAGGGAAGCCGCGCAGCUGGCCCCUGGGGAGGGAGUGGGGAGAGGAGCUGCAGGGGCAGGUUUCUCCAGGGAGGCCUGCUCCCUACCACCCUCCUCGCUCCCCACCACCCCAAAGACAUCCCAAGCCGCCCUGGCCAGGAGGGCACGCAGCCUUGAGGGGGAAGAAGCUGUCGCAGGCGGUGACCACUCCGAAGGGACCUGCCGCCCUGCCCCCACCCACUUGCACAGGUCAGCCUCCCGGCCCCUCUCCAGCCUUGCUGCUUUUCCGUUUGCCUAGUUAUCCAGCCGAAGUUGCAGUCUGGUUCGCUUUAUUUUUGUACGUGACAUGGUCCCCAAAUCCCAGGCUCCUCCCGUGUCCAACACUGGGUGGGGCAUCACUCAGCUCCGCUUAAGCGCACCCCCCUCCCCACCCACGUGGCAUAGGAAACAGAUGAGGUCCGGGGUCUGCCAUUUGAAAUGGAAGGUUGGGACCCUCGGUUUGCCCGUCUGUGAAAUGGGUGUGUUGGGCAGCACCAGCUGUGGUCUCUUCUGUGUUCUCUCCCUGCAGAGGGGUCAAGGUCAAAAUGAGCUUCAUGUGCUCUGAUGUGGGGACAGGUGAUGAUCUGGUCCCCAGCUCUCAGCGCGUGGUGGGGGGAGCAAGGCUGCUCACCGGGGUGGGGUCAGGGGUGGGCUGGGCCAGCCGCCUUUGAGGAUGGUGCGACCCUGCCCAGACCCUGGAGCCCGCAGGAGGCUGGGGGGCCGGCUUGGAGGAAGAGCCUUUUGUCCAUGGGCUGCUGCCCGUCAUUCUGACCUCUCUGGGAACCCGGAAGGAUAGGCUCCGUUUCCCGCUUUUCUGUGUGUGGUUUUAUUGUUUUGUUUUUGCACUUCGCCCACGCUGGACAGCGCAGGCCCGGCGGGUCAGUGUGGCCUUGGGGCUCCCGUGCGCCAGCCCAAGGCGGCCUCUGGGGGGCGCGCGUGCGGCUCGAGGAAUCACUUUUUCAGAGAGGAGAGGACGGUGUUUUUUAAAGUUUUAGUUCUGUCUCCCUCCGCAUCUCCUCUCAGAUUCGGGAAGCCCAGAGCUAGGGCCUCAAACUCCGGGCAAGGGUCUCUCCGGCCCCCUGUCCUGCCCACAGCAUCUGCAGACGAGGGUGGGGACCCGGCUGGGCGGGGGCCAAGGACCCCACCUCCGAGGCCUGUGGGCCUCUCACCCCAGCCUUGAAGGAGUAAGCACUGCGCCAGCACUGGGAGCGCCACUGUGUGCCGAGCAUCAGCUAGGGGUGGGAGGGGGCCGGGGGCCUGGCGGGGCCGCACUGGCCCGAGGCCAAUGCGGGAGCUAAGAGUUCCGGUGCCCCGGCCAUGCAGGUGGUCAGAGUGGAGGCAGAGACUUCUUUUUGUUGGUUUUAAUUUAAAAACACAAAGGCCUAAAGGAAUAUGUAUCUUAUGUUUUUUUUUUAAUUUUUGAAAAGCUCAUUUAAUGAACUGUGCACGGAUGGAUUCUAUAUAUAUAAAGUAUACAUAUAUAGCUCUAUAUUGGGGGAGGGGCACUGUCUUUCUCUCUCUCUCUCUCUCUCUCUCUCAGCCAUCCAGCCCCUGGCCGCCUCCACGUUGCUUCUGUUGGUGCCAGGUGGGAGUGGGGCAGGGCUGGCGGGAACAGAGCAGGGUGCGGUCCCCCCUCCCACCCCCUGCGUCCUGCUGGGGGCUCUGGCCGUUGCUGGGCCGGGGGAGGGUAGGUCGUGCCGAUUUCUGUCUUGUACGUUUUGUUCUGCUGCUCUUCAGUAUUGUAUCCAUGCCAGGAAAGGGGGGACUUCCUUUACCCCCCCAAAUAAAUUGUCACAUUCCGGAACCGA